AUAUUACCCGCAGAGAAUGAAUGAGAAGAACCAGACGUUGGUCAGUGAGUUUGUUCUCUUGGGAUUUCAGAAUCUCCACAACUUCAAGAUCCCCCUGUUCUCUCUGUUCCUUCUGAUUUACAUUAUGACAGUUUGGGAGAACGUCCUCAUCAUAGUGUUGGUGUCCUCCAGCCGGAACCUCCAGUCCCCCAUGUACUUCUUUCUCCAACAGUUGUCCCUGUCUGAUCUACUGGGAUCCUCAAAUAUUGUACCUACCUUGCUCCAAACUGUAAUAAAGAACAGAGCUACAAUGUCUUUUGGUGGCUGUUUAACACAACUCUAUUUUUUGGGUUCUUCAGAAAUUUUUGAGUGUCUUCUUCUAGCAGUAAUGUCCUAUGACAGAUAUGUGGCCAUCUGUAUCCCACUGCGUUACACUUCUAUAAUGUCCGACAGGGUUUGUGUUGUAUUAAUUCUUAUAGCAUGGGCUCUUGGCUUUGGCCUUGCAUUGAUUACAGCGAAUUUAGUAGGGACACAACAGUUCUGUGACCACAAAAACAUUGAUCAUUUUUUUUGUGAUUUAUUUCCUCUUCUUGAGCUUUUUUGCUCAGACACCUCUUUUGUGGAAUAUGAAGUAAUCAUUCAAAUGGUCCCUGUGGUUUUCAUCCCCUUUAUACUGAUCACUGUAUCAUAUAUGUGUAUUGCCCAUGCAAUCCUAAAGAUAGUGUCCAAUACCGGGAGACAAAAAGCCUUCUCCACCUGCAGCUCCCACUUGGCUGUGGUCUCCAUAUUUUAUGGGACAUUCAUUUCUAUAUAUGUGGUUCCCCCUGGAAAACAAUCGCAGACCAGAAGCAAAGUUCUGUCUCUGUUAUACACUGUAGUCAUUCCAUUGGUUAACCCACUUAUUUACAGCUUGAGAAAUGCAGAUAUCAAAAAAGCCUUAAAUAUUAAUAUCCGUAAACUUGUAUUAUGUGAUCCCAAAGGGGUUAUUUAUUAA